AUGCCUACCAAGAGUGACCACAAGGACAAGAAAACUCCCACGGAGGAUGAGGGGGGUGCUGACUUGGCCAUCCGAACUCGCAAAAGGAAAGCCGAUGUUGCAAUUUUUUUACACGAUCCAGAUGAAGAAAUUUCUAUACUGGAAACGUCCAAGAAGAAACAGAAUGAAUGCCAGCCAUCCUCUAAGUUUGAUGCACAUACCUACAUGUUGAUCCCCACUCCGGACAAAGACGAUGAGCUUGGAAGUCCGAACUUCUCCUCUUUCAUGCACCAAAGGCUUGUUUCGGCUAGAGCUUCACCAUUGCCAGUAUUGGGCUGGGCGAAUAGGGACGAAGUAUGGAAUAGCAUGAUCAACAAAGAACAGACAUAUGUGAGGGAUAAGCAGUAUAUGCAAAGGCACCCUCUCUUGCAACCGAAAAUGCGGGUCAUUCUCCUUGACUGGCUAAUGGAGGUUUGUGAGGUCUACAAACUCCACAGAGAGACGUUUUAUUUGGCACAAGACUUCUUUGACCGGUUCAUGGCAACACAACACAAUGUUGUAAAGACACUUCUGCAACUUAUUGGGAUUACGUCUUUAUUUAUAGCUGCAAAGCUUGAGGAAAUCUAUCCUCCAAAGCUGCAUCAGUUUGCAUAUGUUACAGAUGGAGCUUGUACAGAAGAUGAAAUACUCAGCAUGGAACUCAUUGUUAUGAAGGCACUUAAUUGGAAUUUGAGUCCCCUGACAGUUGUAUCCUGGCUAAACAUAUACAUGCAAGUUGCCUACCUAAGUGACAUUUCUGAAGUGCUGCUACCACGAUAUCCCCAACAAAUAUUUGUUCAAAUAGCAGAGCUUUUGGAUCUUUGUGUGCUCGAUAUUGGCUGUCUGGGAUAUACAUAUGGCAUUCUAGCCGCUUCUGCCUUGUAUCACUUCUCUACUUGUGAGCUGGUGCAGAGGGUUUCAGGUUAUGAAUUGUGUGACAUAGAAGAGUGUGUGAAAUGGAUGGUUCCUUUUGCACUGGCCAUCAGGGAGGUGGGGAGCUCAGCGCUCAAACAUUUCAGAGGCAUUCCUGAAGAAGAUUUGCACAACAUACAAACGCACAUAAACACCUUUGAUUUGCUGGAUAAAGCAGAAGCAAAACAGGCCGUGCUGGCUGAGAAAAACCGGACAUCGCCUUUGCCCACUGGUGUCCUCACCCCGCCCCAGAGUAGUAAGAAACUGUCUUUGACAUCUCAGCAGCUGUGA